AUGGCUCAAGGUACUUCGGUUAUUGACCAUGUGAUGAAAAUGCGGAACUUAUUCCUAGAUCUGAAGAACCUUGGAACAUCCUUCAAGCUGAAUUAUAAGACGGAUGUCAUCUUUUACUCUCUGCCUCAGGAGAUCUAUGGAUCAUUUAUUGUUAAUUAUAACAUGAAUAAACUCACCGUGGAACUCCCUGAGCUAGGAAAUAUGUUGGAAGAAGUGGAAGCUGCAUCCAAGAAGCAGAAACAAAGAGCAAGAGCCAACAAGAAGCAACAAACACUACUCUCGACGUUCCUAGCUACUCUAAUGGCAACUGUUGUUGUUUCCAAGGCAACAUUAUCCAAAUGCUUCUCCAACAAGAGCUUCGUGCUAAGAUCUGAACUCAGAUCCUACCUUGCCUCCAAAAAGAAGUUCAUGUCACCUGAGGAGGCUCAAGCUGUGACCAAUGAACUCGAUGCAGUAGGCGGCGACAGUUUGAUGCUCAGCUUUGAGGAUUUUCCAAUGUUGAUGGAGCGUGAAGGUGGGGAUGAUGAUCUGAAAAGAGGCUUUCAGAUGUUCGCUGGGAAGAGGUCUGGGUCCAUUACAUUAGAUGAUUUGCAGAGGAUAUUCAGUUGCCUUGGAAACAAAAUGUCAAAUGAAGAGUGCAAGAGCAUCAUAAAGGCAUUCGACCUCAACGGCGAUGGUGUGAUUGAUUUCGCUGAGUUCCAGAAGAUGAUGGCUUAA